AUGAGUCGGCCCAACAGCGCUAUUGCGAAGGAUCCCGAUGCCCAGGAUCCAGAGACUCAGCAUCUUCUAGGGGGUAACGCGAAAUUUCGAAGCCUGGGAUGGAAGCGUCUUACCAUCAUUGCGAUCGUUGAGGCGAUCGCAUUAGGCAGUCUCGGGUUACCGUCUGCUUUUGCGGCGCUGGGUAUGGUCACGGGUGUCAUUUUGACCGUGGGUAUUGGCUUGCUUGCGAUGUACGCAGGCUACAUUAUCGGCCAGGUUAAGCUUAUGUUCCCCGAGGUCGCGCACUAUGCAGAUGUCGGUCAGCUUAUUAUGGGCCGGUGGGGAUCAAGGAUCUUUAUUGGCGCCUUCGUUGCUCUGCUUGUGUUCGUGAUUGGAUCGCAUGCUUUGACUGGUGCGAUCGCGUUCAAGACGAUUGCACAGAGCGAUUCAUGCUCGGUCAUCUUUAGCAUUGUUUCUGCGGUCAUCUUGAUGCUACUUGCUGUUCCGCCCUCUUUUGCGGAGAUUGCCAUUUUGGGAUACAUUGAUUUCGCUUCGAUUGUUUUGGCUAUUGGUGUCACUAUGAUUGCUACUGGGAUUCAGAGCGAUGGCUCUUCGGAUUGGUCUGCGUGGCCGAAGGCGGAUAUCUCUUUCACUUCGGCUAUUGUGGCUACGAACAAUAUCGUGUUCGCAUAUUCCUUUGCUGGCUGCUUGCCUUCUUUCAUGGAUGAUAUGCACACCCCCGAAGACUACACCAAAGCUAUGUGGUGGCUGGGUGGAGUUCAGAUUGUGAUUUACACUCUCACAGGAUCGAUUAUAUAUGCCUUUGUAGGACAGAGUGUGCAAUCGCCAGCACUACUAUCAGCAGGACCUCUCCUUUCACGGAUUGUUUUUGGUCUGGCCCUUCCGGUCAUCUUCAUUUCAGGAUCUAUCAACCUCACCGUGGUUUCCCGAUACAUCCACGGAAAGAUGUAUCUGAAGUCCAUUAACCGCUUCAUCAAUACCCCGGAGGGCUGGGUCUCAUGGCUUGGCCUCGUUUUUAUUAUAACAGUGAUAGCAUGGAUGAUUGCUGAGGCUAUCCCUAUAUUCUCAUCUUUGUUAUCUAUCAUGUCAUCUUUGUUUGUUUCUGGUCUAGCCUUCUAUUUCCCACCGGUGAUGUGGUACAAGCUCCUGAGGGAAGGCGCAUGGUAUGAAAAACAUAACCUGAAGGCUGCGAUCUGCAAUGGCGUGGUGUUUGUGGUUGGCAUGAUCGUCUUUAUUUGCGGUACAUACGCAAGUAUCGCUGAUUUGGUUCACAUAUUCCAAUCAGGCUCGGUUGGCAAGCCUUUCACCUGCUCGGCCUAG